AUGAAUUUGAGAAGAACCUUGGAAUCAUCCCUGGCUGCUUGGCAGCACUUUUUGCCUUGCUUGCGGCUGCUUAGUUGCAAGCAGAGUGGCAUCACACGGCGUUUGCGUGAGUGGCUGUAUGCCUACGGCCCGCUAGAGCAGUGGCAAGCAAUGUACCGCAAAGGCCAAGAGCUUCAGGAUGCAACAUAUGCCAGGGUUUCCAAGAAGGAAAAGGAGAAGCUUUUAGCACCACAAGAGAGGUCCACUUCACGGGUCGCGUGUGGCUUCCAAGUGAACUCCCACGCUGUGGCCCUUCCACGCAAGUCGGAGGUCUUCUUGAAACUGGGCAUCUACGGGGUGCUUGGGUUGAGCAUGUUUGGGUAUCUAUGUGUCCAGGAAGAUCUCAGUGAACAUCUAGCUCCAGUCCGAGAGAUGAUUAAUAAACUUGCAGAUUCACAUCUUAGCAAGACCAAGUCAGCCAUGCCGAACAAUCAGCAGGAGACUCCAUCUCAGGUUACACACCUGAUGUACAACUGGCCCAUCAAGCAUCCUGAGCUCUACUACCUGGCCCUUUGGCUUCCCAUUUUUCUGUUUCGCCUCUUCAAUGCUAUUCUUUUUGGAGCUGAAUGUUCAUUCCUCGCACAGACCUCUGAGAGACUCUUUAAGAAGGUGGGCGCGGGGGAUGAGGGCAGGUCGCAGGUGAAAGAGCAGCUUGACGUCCUGAAGUGGAAGGUUCAGGACAUCUCCUCCGACUGGAGCUUGAUGCUGAAGUUUGGCGUUGUGCUGGACUUCGUGGCAGUCGCCACUGGGGCUUUGGCUGUAUGGCGUCUGACAAGGCACUUUGAUCGCGGGUAUGAUGUAUUCAAUUGUGGCUUGCCUCAUCACUUUAACGAGUAUGAUGGAUUCAGUGGCUUGCUGGUGUCCAACUGUUUUACCUCGCUGAUUGUGCUGUUUGUGCAGAUUCUGCCAGUGAUCACUUGGAAUGCCUCCCUCGAGAAAGCUUCCAAGGAUACUGACAAUAUAGAUCCUGUGCUGCACUUGUGGCUGUCACAAGGCUUCCUGAAGAUGAAAGUCUUUGGACUGGCUCUGAGCUGGUCAUACUUUGUUGCUUUGGCUAUCGCGCAGCUGGCCUUGAUGCGAAAGACCAUCCAGGCGAUUGUGCUGCCUCCGCUCAUGCGAACGCUUGACUAA